UCUUGGAGAAUGUGUCUAAGACUCAUGGUUUCAGUUUGGAUCAUUGGAUUUUUUAUUGAUUCUACUGCAAGACCUCCAUUUAAUGUGCAGUUUGUCUGAAGCCAACAUUUCAGUCCAGAGGAACAAUGCUAGGGCUGCUAGUCCAUUGAUUUUUUGGUAGAUAGUUUUCUUAGAGAUGUCCUCACAAUCUUUUGAUGAGUCCUCCAACUUAGUGAUUAAAGUAACUUCCCCGACAGAACCAGAGAGCGCAGGUGCUGAAUCUUCAGAUCCUGGUGAAACAGAAAAGUCUAAUUUCAAAGAAAAACAUAAAGGUGGACUCCAUUUCAUCAAAAAACGAGCAAAAUCACCAUUUCGUAGUCCAUUGAAGUCACCCAUUAAGUCACCAUUCAAGUCUCCCAAAAGUUCAUCCAAAACUUCCAAAUCUGAUCAAGAGCUCUUGACUGAGGACUUCAAGGAUAUAGAGAAGAAAAUAAGUGAGAAGAAGUCAGAGGAAUGGCAGGUGUUUCAACAGAUGCAGGAUAGAAUUAAACUGAACAUGCUGAAAACUAAAUCCAGUCUAACAAAAUUAAAUUCUGAAUCAUCUGAGGAUCAUGCUGAUGAUGCAGAGGGAAAGAAAAUUUCAGAUAGAGAUCAAAAUACUUUGACCCUAGAUGAGAAUCUAGGAGCUAAUAAGGAGAUUUGUGAUAAUGAUGAACUGUUAAAUCUGGAACUACAGCAGCUCUCAGUAACUCCUGUCCCCUGCCCAAGAGCAAUUCCCAAACCACCAGCAAACAGUUUACGAACAAGCAUGGAAAAUCUUAGUAGUGUGCAAGCUGAGAAUACUUCUGGUAGUAUUGAGGGAGAUUUACUAGGUUUGUCAGAUGAUGUGGACAAUGGAAAUCAGGAAAUUCAGUCAACAAACACUUACAUUAACCCAGACCUUCUAGAAUUGGAUGGCUUCAUGUCAUCCACAGACUCUCAGUAUGGAAGCAGUAUGCAUAGUAGCUUUGAUGAAGGGGACAUGACUUACGGAAGCAGCAUGCACAGUGCUAGAUCUUCAGCACGGACCACUCCUCUUGGAUUUGACCAGGGAUCUUGGGUGGAAUCAUCAACACAAUCCAGUUCUAUGACAUCAAAGUUUGUCAGUGACCUUGUAGAUGAGUUCCUGCAGCUGGAUACCAUGAAAGAGGCAGCAGCAUCUGUUGAAACAAAGCCUUCUUACUCUUCUUCAAAAUCAGCUGAUUUGCUUGACUCACUGGAUCCAUUUUCAUCAAAUUCUGCUAUCCCAAAUACCUCACAAACUCAUGCAAUAAAUGUAGCUUCAACAUUUUUAGAUACAUCAACAAGCAGCACACAACAAAAGCAGACUGAUCAAAUUUCAUCACUAGAUCCAUUUGGAUUUGGCAACACAGAGAAUCUCUCAACAAAAGGAGAACUUCAAGAGAAUGCUAUUGAAACUGGGUCACCAUUGGGUGCUGAUGGUGCUCCCAUAUUUGAUCCUUUUAAUGGGUGCAAGGAUAAUACAAUUGGUCGCUCAAUUUCUCCCCAUGUAUAUGAUAAUUUUGGAUUUGGGUUAACAAAUGCCUCAGAUGAAAAAGUAAAUGAAGAUAAUGUUGACCACACAAACUCACAAUUUGAUUCAGAGUCUAAUAAGUGUGGGAAGUUUGAUAACCUUAAUCCAUUUUUAACAGAUGAAAAUUCCCUGAGGACAGAUGUUUUUGAAGAGAAAUUUCUAGAACUUGCGAACAAGUCUAAUUCAUCCAGUACAGAUUUAGCAUGGGGCUCUCAACAUGACAAUGUAAUAGAAAAGCAUUCCAUCAAUCCUUUUAAAGAUGACAUUUUUGCUUCAGACAGUGCAAUAGAAAUUGUUAAUGAACCAAAACUGGGAAAAAACAACCCUUUUCUUGAUGACACAUGUGAAGUUGUGAUUGGAUCUGACAUUAGAAGCAAUCCAUUUCUAGAUUUAGACUCCACAGCUCCACAAACACAGGAUAUGACCGAUUUUGGAUUGUCAAAUGUCAGUGAUUUUUUAAUGGAUAGUGAUAGUAAGAAAUCUGAGCCAAAAGAAUCAGGAGUUGAUGAAUUUGAUCCAUUCAAAACAAUACAGGAAUCUCAUGAAGACUUUAUUACAUAUGAAAAAGCAGCAGGGUUUUCAACUCAAUCAGAAUCAGAAGAUAAACAAAGAAAUCAAGCAGAGAUUACAGAGAGAAAAGAUGACAAAGAGGAAGAGGAGGAUGAGGAUGAAGAUAAAGAUAUUUUCAAAUUGAAAAUCAAACCCAUUGCUGCAGACCCCAAUAAACCCAAACCUCCAACAGAUCUUGGAGCAAUGCCUUUGCUGAAGCCACCUCCAAAAAUCCCCAAGUCCCCCCAGCCCCCCAGAGUAAAUCCUUUUGACAGGGACUCACCACCAGAGGAGGAUUUUGCUAAAUUUGAGAUCAUGCACGAAAAGGAAGUAGCAGAAUCUUCGAUGCCAGAGCAGUCUGUCAGUUUUUCCACCACUAUAUCCACAACAGAGAGUGUCACUCCAGAAGAGGAACAGAAUUUGGAACCUUUAGAACCUUUCUAUCCUGAGGAAGAAAAGGAUGGCUGGAAACUCAUGCUUAGACAGCCCACUAAGAAAAAGCUUACCACAAAUCGAUUCUGGAAAGGUGUUAUUGUGCGUUUGGUUAAAACAGAAGAAGGUCCUGUCAUCAAAGUGUUUAGUGAAAAACGCACUGAUGAGUGCUAUCAUGAGCUUCCUCUCCAGCCUUGUUAUUCAGUAUCUGAUGUGUCUCAGCAGCAUUAUGAUCAGUAUGGAAAAAUUCACACCUUGAAAAUUCAAUACAUCUUUUAUCGUGAACGUGUAGGAAUAAAGACAGACAGGAUAACCCCUUCCUUUGUCAAAAAACCAAAGGCAACAAUGAUCUUAGAUCAUGCUCCACAAGUCUCAGAAAUGAUGAAACUUGGUUCCUUAGAUAGAAAUGAAAUCAAGUCAUUUGGAAGGGCAAUUGAAAAUGCUCUUAUGAAUCUGGAGGCCCAUAGAGAGAAAACUUUGACAUAUGUAAAGGAAGAAGUGUGUGCAGAGGUGGUGGAUGAAUAUGAAGCAGAGCUAGAUAGGGCAGGUGUUCUUCUAAAGCAGAAGGCAAGAGUCCGAGUUUUCUUCCUGGCUUUUGUCACUGGGAUGCCAAUGUGUGAAAUUGGUUUGAAUGACAGGCGGAGAGAUGGAAAAGAAGUUGUUGGUCGCCACGAUAUCAUCCCAAUUAAAACCGAAGAAUGGAUCAAACUGGAAGAUGUGGAGUUUCACUGCUGUGUAGAUAAAAAUGAAUUUGAGAAGACAAACAACAUAAAAUUUCAUCCCCUUGAUGCCUGUCAUUUCGAGGUUUUAAGAUACCGCGUGAGGUUACGUCAAAAUAAAGAACUGCCUUUGCAACUGAGAAUUCAGCAAACUUUGAAAGAACAAAAAUGUGAAAUACGCUGUGAUUUGUUAGUGACAGGUUAUCAUUCUUUUAGUAAAAAGCAUGGACAAUUUCCCUGUGAGAACAUUGAGGUCCAUUUUCCAAUUCCUGAACAAUGGAUUUACUUGUUCCGAUAUGAAAAGAGGUUCAGAUAUGGCUCAUUUAAAUCUUCCACUCGUAAGCCUGGUAAAAUCAAGGGUCUUGAGAGGCUGACUAUGAUUGCUCAAGGACUGCUGACUCCGACACUAAUGGAAGCUGAUGUAGGAAGUGCCAAAUAUGAACAUCUAAACAGAGCUGUGGUGUGGCGUAUUCCCAGACUGCCAGAAAAAAAUGAAGGUGCUUAUACCUCUCACUUGUUCAAACUGACUUUGGAAUUUGGAGCCCAUGAUGAGAUGCCAGACUCCUUUGAGCAGUUCACCACGGUAGACUUUACCAUGCCAUCCUGUACAGUGUCCAAGUCACAGGUCCGCUCCAUCUCAGUCGAGAACCCCACCCCACCGGAAAAAUGGGUCAAGUACCUCGCCAAGUAUCACUACAAGAUUGAGAUAGACCACAGGGAUGAGAGAGUUCCAUCAUCCAAGGAGAGCCCUGCAGCUAGCGACAGUGAAUGAUAUUAAGUGGACAUACAUUGUGUGAAUGACUGUUGAACCCUGUUGAAUGCUGCCUCAGUGGUUGUGAUUGAGAUUCCAGGUAUUUCAGGGUUAUUUAGGGUAACAGAACUGUAUUUGGUCAGCUUACACUGUUGGCUUGAUAAACAUUUCCCAGGAAAUUUACUUUGAUUAGAUGAUGAUUAAGUAUUUAAUUAUAUCUGUGGUUUCUGUGUUUGCUUUAUUCCAAAGAAUUUUUGCAACAAAUUUACUUUACAUUACUCACUUGAUAUGGUUGUUUUACUUGUGCUUUUGUAUAUCAUGUAGCGUAUGUAUAUGAUUUUUUAGGGGGGUAGAAAUAACUUUAUUAUAUAAUUUAAUCUCGGA